AUGAGUGCUUCUGCGCCUGUGCUCGGCCCCCCGGCCGCGUUCAGGGAGGAAGACGAUACCUCUGCGAUAUCGACUCCACGCACUGCUUCCCUGGACUGCCACGGCUUUUGCAUCACCCCAGACCCAUCACUGAUCGCAAGAAGCGCCAACAAGGUCCUCGACCACCUCCACAAGCCGGCCGUGUACACCGUGCUCCGCGACCUAUUUUGGGACUCGAAGUUUAAGCUUUCGACGAAGCCCGACAGUUUGACAACCGAAAUGGUCCUGCUCACCAAGAAAUUAGCGAACCAAGACUUGGACCAAGCAGCCAGGGACGAGAAGCUGCGCAAGCGCUGGGCUCUGACCAACAAUGUCGAGCUCUUCAUCGACGCGGACUUCAAAGAGGUCUUUGAAGUGAUCAAGGAUGUUCCCAGCAUCUGGGGAAAUGCCGGCCCCCGCAGAGCAUACCUCAAGAUGCUGUACGGCGACAGCACAGAGCCAGCCUCGUGCAGCCGCGUCUCGGUCGUGAUCUCACUGGGCGAGACCGGCGCCUACGAGUUCGGCGUCAAGGAAGAGCAGCGCGAGGGGGAGUCCGACAGCGAGAGCCUCGGGAGCUGGCCCCCCGCCGCCAAGCAGAAGAAGACCCGCCGGCUGAUACUCCUGGCCCCGAAGCCGGCGGCGGUGCCGCUCCUGGUGGCGCGCGGCAGCACGCCGGCCAGCGAGAUGAGCAUCGGCACAGAGGAGAGCGAGCUGUCGGAGGCGAUGUCGUGCAUCUCGGUGGUUCGCGACCCGCAGACCCGGCCGGGACAGCCGGCGUCGUCGCCAGACGUGAUGGAUAUCGCAGACGAAGCGUCUUGGAGCCGAGAGCGCGGUGGCUAUCAAUCUCUUGAUCCCGAGGAUGGCAGACCCUCCUGGUGGCAUUAG